AUGUUCGACGUCGCGCCAUGGUCGCCGGCCGACAAGGCCGGGGCGCAUGCGGAAAUUGCGAAGAUCACCCAGGCGGCCGCGACCUGCUUCGCCUCCUUCGACGGCUGGCUCAGGGAGCGCCAGCGGGCUCGCCCAUCAAAGCUCCCCCUCUGGCACGAGCUCGGCCGCCGCGCCCUCCUCGCUGUCCUCGACGCCGCCCCUGGCGCCUCUGAGGUCGUCUGCGCCCAAUGGCCCGCCCUCCUGGACACGGCCGCGAUCCCGACGACCACGCAGUGGCAGGGCUGGAUCGCGCCCGCGAGCGAGGCCCGCAUUCUCGCCGACAUGGCGGAAAAGGGCGACCCCUCCUUUUGGAAUGCAGUCAGGGCUAGCGGCGAACCGCUUGCGCUCUGGGCUCCUGCGGGCGCCUCGGCGCUCGGUCGCUUCCUGGCUUCGCUUCUACGCCGCUCUGCGGCCGAGGCGCCGUGCCAGUGCAUCCGCUUCAUCGCCCCCUGGGACCUCCACCCGGUCUGCGCCGCGACCGAAGCGAUCUGCGACUUGUGGUGGCACGAUCUCCCGAGCAGGAAUGGGGCGGCGAUGAUUCGAGACGUCGAGUUCCACCCGCAGCCCAUGGAGUUUGUCUCCCCAGGGCCUUCUGGACCCCGCCACGAACGCCGAGGUUUGGCGAUCUUCGCGGUCUACUCCGUCCUUCCCCGACGACGCCGCCAGGUGCGCGAGUUGGAGUCGCCCAUCCUCACCUUGGAGGCUCUCCCGACCUACGUCGUGCAGGCGUUGUUCGCUGCUGCCGGCCCAAUCGGCGCAAUUCGGGAGCAUUCACCGCAGUCCCGGGCACUCCGUGGAGACCCCGCGGGGCAGGGUGGAGAUCCGUUUCGGCAUCCACGCGCCGCGCCUGGAGCAGGAGCCGCGCAUGCGCCAGGUCCGUCGCGUCUCGCCCGCUGGCGUUUGCUUCGCCUCCCAGGACCUGUUCGCCGAGCCCAGCGCCCUGAUCGCAGAGCUCGGCCACGCGGGCGCCAUCGCUUCGAUUUGGAACCUCUGCUCGGCCGCUCUGUUCCUCGGGAAAACCCCGCUCCUCCUCGCGACGGAGGCCGCAGCCGAUGCGUGGCAGGCGACGUUGGGCGCGCUUAUGCGCAACGACCCGGACACUGCCGUCUACAAGCUGAAGCAUCGGCCUUCGCGUCACG